AUGUCUGCCAAUCCAGGUAACACAUUGAAGGCUUUAUCGCCUACACCUCCAGAACGUGGAUCUUUUCCGCUGGAUCAUGAUGGUGAUUGCACUAAGCAAAUGCAGGAAUAUCUACAAUGCAUCAAGCUUGUGAGAGGCGAAAAUGCGCCCAAUUGCAGGCUUUUAGCUAAAGAGUAUCUGAAUUGCCGUAUGGAGCACCAGCUAAUGGAACGAGACGAGUGGAAGAACCUGGGUUUGCCUGACGACCAGAAAAAAAAUCUGAAAGCAGCGGAAAGCAGCCUUGAAAACGAGUUUUACAGUGUACAUAUAUAA